AUGGCCUCUUUGCUGAAGGCCGUCGCCGUCGCCGCCGUCUCCAUCCCAGUCGUCUUCUGCGAGCCUCUUCCUUCUCCUGCACCAACGCCCGUUCCUCUGUCCGCGCCCAUACCCGUCGCCGGCGUCAUUGCCGGCAUCGAUGGUCCUCCCACCACCACCGCCUACUCCGAUGAGGUCUGCAAGCCCCCGACCGUCCACCCGUCCGAUCCUUUGCCGCCCUGCGUCGAAAUUGAAAACAUUGAGACCCUCUGCUACCCCAACGGCACCGCCCCGCUCUACCUCGCCGCCCACGCCCAGUGCAUGUGCCGCGGCUCCUAUUUCCCCGAGUGGAACGCCUGCCGUCGCUGCUUGUCCGUGCACGGCCAGCUGUCCGACCACGACCUCGCGUUUUUCCAGAGCGUCGCUUCGGCCGCCUCGACAUCGCUCUGCGGUUUUUUGACGGCAGGCGGUGGGCGGCCCACGACGACGCCCACGGCCAUCUUCCGCGACCUGUUUACCAGCGCCCAGGCCCACCUGACGUCGGCGACCGGCGCGGCGGCCACGGCAGCCUCCUCUGUGGGCCCCGACGUCUCGCCGAACAAUACCGAUGUCGGCUUGUACUUUACCCAAUCGGGUCCCGAAGGGCCAGGGUCCAUCACGGGCAGCGCGACGGCUGCGACUGCAACUGGACUGGCACUCGCCACGGGGCAUCCGCAACCACCGGGCGGCGCAUCAGUCUCCUCUCUCGGUGCAUCGGACACGUCGGCGCCGUCGUCAGGCUCGUCGCCUUCAACCUCCGCCUCCGGGUCCGCAGCCAGCCAAAGCGGUAGCGUCCCAUCGUCGGCUGUUCGCGUCGACUCGGGAGCUCUACUCGUGGUAAUUCUCAGCACCUUUUGUGUGUUGUGA